AGAUGGCAGGCAUCCUUCCGCUCCGCGAGGCCAGACGCGGGGCCUGAGCUCAAUUUUUAGUUGGGCUGAUAAGAGGAUCUUCUUGACGUGGUCCAUCAUCAGACUCUGCCUGUCUCAUACUCACACCAGGCUAGCGAUUACUCCCAAAAACUACCUGUCGAAACGAACUUGACCUCCUGAGCAAUCCCUCUUUCUAGAUAGACGUUUCUUGCCAAGAUGACUUCUUCCACUGAGCAGCUGCCGGACGACCACAUUCGAGCCACGUACGAGGACAUUCACGUCCAGAUCGCACAGACGGCCAAGCUGAUCAAGCGCCAAUUUGACCCAGAUGUCAUGGUCGCCAUCUCCGGAGGAGGUCUGAUCCCCGCCCGUAUUCUGCGUACCUUUUUGAAGAAGCCCUCUGCCCACGACCCAAACAAGAAGCGCAACGUGCCCAUCCAGGCCAUCGGUCUGGCCCUGUACGAGGAGGUAGCUGGCUCCUCUGUCGAGAACAUGGGUCGGGAGGUGGUGCGCACUCAAUGGCUCGAUGAGGGAACAUUUGGCAAGCGAUCCAGUCGUGAAGAUCGUGGAGAGGAUGGUGACAAGGAGGAAGGUCUGCUGGGCAAGAGGAUCUUGAUCGUGGACGAAGUCGAUGAUUCGAGGACUACGCUGCAAUACGCUUACCAGGAGCUGGUGAAGGACGUCAAGGCUGGACUGGAGGCGCUGGAGCCAGAAGCCAGGGCUAAGCUCCCUCCUACCAGAUUCGCCAUUUUCGUUGUACACAACAAGGUCAAGGACAGCGGCAAGCGAGGCACCCUCCCUCUUAUCCCCUCUCAGUCUAGCUCCUCUACUCUCGAAGACCAGCCCGUCGAUUCCACAAGCGGUGGGGGAGCCGUAGCCGAGGGAGUCUGGUACUACCCUGCAGGCGAGACUGGAGACGUGUGGGUCGACUACCCUUGGGAGACGGAGGACAUUGCGGAACACAACCGGCUGGCUAAUCUGGCCAAGAAGUUGGGAGUCAAUCAGGUCGGCGCGGGUGUGGCGAGCCGAUAAGAGGUAGAGGUGAAGACGGAUUCGGAUUAGGGUAGAGGGAGCAACCGCUUUGCAAUUGUACGUGCACAUCUCGUCAUCUUUAAAAACACUUCUCUAGACGAUCAACAUCACAAGCAGUAGGUGUGCGAGGACGCCACCCUCGCAAUAUUUCCAUCGCCUGGAAACCUCUUCCAGUGCUCCAUCAAUCG